AUGACUGUCAUCUUUCCAGUCUGUGGUUUUGUCACGACAGUCCAUGUCAAGGUAAGAAUUGACUAUGAAGACGGAUCGCCUGUGAAGUACUUCGAGGAGGACCUGACAGAAGAGGAUUUUCGGGAAAAGCCACCGUUUGAAAUGGUUGACAGAAAUAAACGUGCUUCUUACGACACUAGACCUCCGGAAUCUCAAAAAAGAUUUAAGAGAGACAUAUUUGAUACAAAUCUAGAAGUCCGAGAAAAGCCAGAAUGUGAUAAGAAACUCAAUAAAAUAGUUACCGAGAGCCAAAACAAACCUAUCCAGUUGGCCUACGUGUUUGAACCUGGGGAAAACGUUAAAUUGAUGUGCCAUUUUUGCGGGGAUGUUAAAGAAUACCGCGGGAUAAUUGAAUGGAAGCGCCUGAUCCGCCAAAGCACUGCCACAGGGAAAUACAUCAUACAGACAGUAGAGGAAGACACGCACGAUGUGGAGGCGCUGAAUCACGUCAGAUUCACCAUGGAUCAUAGCCUCGUCAUCAUGAACGUCACUCAUGCUGAUGCAGACACAUAUUUCUGCAUUAUUGCAACACAAGAUCAGCUGAUAGAGGAAGAGAUGGACGCUCAGGGAAUGAAAAAGAUGUUUUUGGCAGACAUUUCUAACAUUACCUUCAGAUUGUACUACCAUGUAGACGUUAUAAGAACCUCAAAAAUUCCAGCAAGACGGCUCACUUAUAUAGACAGUUUCGAGCCCGAGGAAGAGAAAAGUACAUACAAUAUGAGGUUUUACACGGACUGGAAAGAAUGGAGCUCUUGCUCUGUGUGUGGAAAACAUGGCGAAAGAAAGAGGCAUGGUGUUUGUACUGUACAGCUUAUAAAUCCUGAACAAUACAUAGAUCCAGCAUAUAUAUAUUACGCCCUUAAAUUCUUUAAGAAGGGAAUUCCUUGUAGAUCUACUAUGUUUGACUACUUUGGCGAGUCGUUCAUCACGAGAGCGGACGAGAUUCAGAUUGGGGAGUGUACUGCAACGUGCAAAGAUAACUCUUCCGUAAAAUUCUCCAGAUUGAGUCCAACCGACAUGCAGUUUCGUGGACUCGAUGAGAAAGCUCCUGAGGAGAUAUUUGUCAAAGAGGGACACUCCAAGAUUUUAACAUGCAAAGGGGCCAGUCUUGACGACAUCAUAUACUGGUUAAACAAUUCAGAGUAUAUGACAUCGUUUGCACUGGAAAACAGGACGUCUGGAAGGAUAACCAUUGACGUCUACGGUAACCUGAUGAUAAAAGAUGCUCGGAGGAAAGAUUCUGGUCUCUUUGAGUGCUGGGUUAGAAUGAGAAAGACUAGGGCUAUCAAGUUAACAGUUAGAAAAUGGGAUCCUGAUGCUUGGAAGAGAUACCUAGGUUACCUGAUGUACAGUUACUUUGUUAAUUUCUGUGUGUUCCUGGCGCUUAUUCUGGUUAAGCACUGGCACAGACAAGUACAGCUGACCACAGGCAACUAUAACCCCCUGUAUACGAAGGACAACAUGGAAGAUGAAGAAAAACUGGAUAACUUUUACGUAGAAAAAGAGGGUCAAGAUUCUAAUGUUAAUGCGCUUGAUCUGUCUGAAAGUAAAACAGAUUUCGAUGAAACUAUUACAUCGGAAGACUACUGUGUGAAAGGGCACGAUUGUGAUGUAGGAGUGCAUCAUCAAUGCGCGAGUUUGGAAACUGAUUUAAAUGAAAUACCAACACCACGUGGUGAUGGUAAUACGUCUUAUACCAGACGCAGAUAAAUAGAUCAGAGUCCAAUCAUUAUGUACUCAAUGCUCUGUAGAGUCUACGUUAGUUUUGUCAAAUAAUGAGUCGUUUUAAGCCAGAUCUGGACCACUACUUACAUUUACAAUACAGUAACAAAAAACAACCCAAAUAAGUUUGUCAUAAUUAAAUUCAUUUAAACUUCAUUUUCCAUUACACC